GACCUGGGCGAGGCCUUCACCAAGUGUGGUUUUGCAGGAGAGACAGGACCAAGAUGCAUUAUUCCCAGUGAAAUUAAGAAACCCGAUGUCGCAAAGCCUGUCAAAGUUGUUCAGUAUAAUAUUAAUACAGAACAGCUAUAUUCGUAUCUGAAGGAGUUUAUCCAUAUGCUGUAUUUCAGACAUCUGUUGGUGAAUCCCAGAGACCGCCGUGUUGUGAUUAUAGAAUCUGUCUUGUGCCCUUCACACUUCAGAGAUACACUCACAAGGGUCCUUUUCAAGCAUUUUGAGGUGCCUUCAGUUUUGUUUGCUCCAAGUCAUCUGAUGGCUCUGCUGACACUUGGGAUCAAUUCUGCCAUGGUGCUCGACUGUGGAUAUGCAGAAAGCUUGGUGCUGCCUAUAUAUGAGGGAAUUCCCAUUCUGAGCUGCUGGGGUUCUCUUCCUCUGGGAGGAAAGGCCAUCCACAAGGAGCUGGAAUAUCAGCUGCUGGAGCAGUGCACGGUUGAUACAGGACUAGCCAAAGGACAAAGCCUUCCAUCCGUGAUGGGCUCAGUUCCAGAAGACAUAGUAGAGGAUAUAAAAGUCCGUACUUGUUUUGUGAGUGAUCUCCAACGUGGCCUGAAAAUCCAAGCAGCCAAGUUCAACAUUGAUGGCAGUGCUGAGCGUCCCUCACCACCUCCAGAUGUGGACUAUCCUUUAGAUGGAGAAAAGAUUCUCCAUGUAGCUGGCCCUAUCAGGUGAGAAAUACCAUAGUUGA